AAAUUGAUGGAUCCAAGAAUUCACAGUAUCUAAUAUUUUCUGUCAUAUUCUUCAUCAAACUCAAUUCCCUCUAUCUAGCUUCUGCUGUCUAAAAAAGAUCCAAUUUUUCCUUCCCAAAGAUUCGAUCUUUUUCCAAGAUUCCGAAUUUGAGCUCAUGGGCUUUCUUGAAUUCGCGUGUUAAGUUUUGGGCUCUGUAGUUUUGAGGAAUCCUUUCAUAAAGGAGCAGUCUUUACUCUUUAAUCGAAUGAUUGUCUUUCCACAUGGAUGCUGAUGAAGGUUACCUCGUUUUGCUUUCAGUUUAGUCUCACUUUUACAUUAAAAGAUGCUCUUUUGAGACAUUAGUUUGUCAAAUUCCGCCCACAAAUUUCAUCCCAUGUUUGCUGAUAUUUCAGAUUCUUACAUAGCUGUCCUCGAACGGUUGUCUCUCACUAUCUAGGUUCUCUCUCUAUUUAAAGCUAGUGAGGUAAGAUUUGAGGGUUGAAGUUUGCUGAUUUCGAUUUUGAGAAGAUGAACGGAGCUGCAUUGGUGGCUAUUGCUGCCACAAUUGGCAACUUCUUGCAGGGAUGGGAUAAUGCAACCAUUGCUGGUGCUGUUGUUUACAUUAAAAAAGAGCUUGAGUUGUCGGCCGCCAUUGAAGGGCUUAUCGUGGCAAUGUCCCUCAUUGGUGCCACGCUCAUCACUACUUGCUCGGGGACGAUUUCAGACUGGGUUGGUCGACGUCCUAUGCUAAUUUGUUCGUCCAUGUUCUAUUUCCUAAGUGGGAUUAUAAUGCUGUGGUCGCCUAACGUCUAUGUCCUGCUCCUAGCAAGGCUGUUGAAUGGGUUUGGUAUUGGACUUGCUGUUACUCUCGUCCCCCUUUAUAUAUCCGAGACUGCACCCUCUGAGAUACGAGGCCUGCUGAAUACACUCCCUCAGUUCACGGGCUCAGGUGGGAUGUUUCUGGCGUAUUGUAUGAUUUUUGGGAUGUCGUUGCUGGCCUCGCCUAGCUGGCGGUUGAUGCUGGGAGUUCUUUCUGUCCCGGCUCUUCUGUAUUUUGCUUUGACUGUCUUCUAUUUGCCUGAAUCUCCUCGAUGGCUCGUGAGUAAAGGGAAGAUGCUCGAGGCCAAACGAGUGCUGCAGAGACUACGUGGCAGGGAGGACGUUUCUGGUGAAAUGGCUUUAUUGGUCGAAGGCCUCGCUGUCGGUGGCGAUGCAUCGAUAGAAGAGUACAUCAUCGGUCCAGCAGAUGAGUUAGACGAAGACCAGGAGCCGACCGCAGACAGAGGCGCAAUCAAACUCUACGGACCUGAGGAGGGGCUCUCGUGGAUUGCGAAGCCCGUCACUGGGCAGAGCCGUCUCAGCAUCGUCUCUCGCCAAGGAAGCUUGGUAACUCCGAGCGUGCCUCUUAUGGACCCUCUAGUGACGCUCUUCGGCAGCGUCCACGAGAAGCUUCCGGAGACGGGGAGCAUGCGAAGCAUGCUGUUCCCAAACUUCGGCAGCAUGUUCAGCACCGCCGAGCCUAAUAUGAAGAACGACGAAGAGUGGGACGAAGAGAGCUUGCAGAGAGAAGAAGGCGAGGGUUACAGAUCGGAUGAUGUAGAGUCCGACGAUAACUUGCAUAGUCCGCUGAUUUCACGCCAAACAACGAGUCUAGAGAAGGACGGAAUGGGGCCUCAAUCCCACGGCAGCGUCCUGGCUAUGCAGGGGAAUGCCGGAGAUGCGAGUAGCAUGGGCAUCGGCGGUGGCUGGCAGUUGGCGUGGAAAUGGUCCGAACGAGAAGGGGAAGACGGGACGAAAGAGGGAGGUUUUAAGAGGAUAUAUUUGCACCAGGAGGGUGGUCUCCCUGGCUCGAGACGAGGCUCUCUCGUUUCAAUCCCCGGAGAUCACGCUGCUAAUGUCGACGGAGACUAUAUCCAGGCGGCGGCUUUAGUGAGCCAACCGGCCCUUUUCUCGAAAGAUCUUAUGAAUCAGCGCCCAGCCGGACCUGCAAUGGCGCACCCUUCGCAAUCUGCUGGAGAAGUCUCGAUUUUGGCGGCCCUUCUCGAGCCAGGGGUGAAAAGGGCUUUGAUUGUCGGGAUCGGGAUCCAAAUACUGCAGCAGUUUUCCGGUAUCAACGGCGUUCUCUACUACACGCCUCAAAUCCUUCAGCAGGCGGGGGUGGACGUUCUUCUCUCGAACCUUGGCCUCGGCUCCAACUCUGCGUCUUUCCUCAUCAGCGCCGUCACAAAUCUCUUGAUGCUUCCGAGCAUCGCCGUUGCUAUGAGGUUCAUGGAUGUGGCCGGUCGAAGGUCACUGCUGCUGACAACAAUACCAGUUCUAGUGAUAUCCCUCGUCGCUCUCGUUAUCGGGAAUGUCUUCGAUUUCGGAGAGGUCGUCCACGCCGUCGUCUCGACCGUCUGCGUCGUUAUCUACUUCUGCACGUUUGUGAUGGGGUACGGGCCGAUCCCGAACAUCUUAUGCUCGGAGAUCUUCCCAACCAGGGUGCGCGGAAUCUGCAUUGCCAUAUGCGCGUUGGUCUUCUGGAUAUGCGACGUGAUCGUCACAUACACGCUCCCGGUGAUGCUGACCUCGAUCGGUUUAGCCGGCGUGUUCGGGAUCUACGCUGUAGUCUGCGUCGUCUCGUGGAUAUUCAUCUUCUUGAGGGUGCCGGAGACGAAGGGGAUGCCGUUGGAGGUCAUCACGGAGUUCUUCGCCGUCGGGGCCAAGCAAGGGGCCGCCAAGACCGAAUAGACCGCGGGACGGAGCUCGAACCGUCGGCCGUGCUGACGUGGAUGGUGGUGCCAUCCCAAGCAGUUUGGUGCAGUGUGCAGUAGCAUUGCUCUUUGAAUUUUACAGUUGCUUAAGCAUUUUGUUACAAUGAGAGGUCCCAGAUUUGAAUUUUUGGGUGCAUUUUAAUUUUAUUUUAAUGGUAUUUUUUCA